CCUAGAGCCAGAGGGGAAGGUGUACGUGGUCAUCGAUCUGUCCGGAUCCUCCACUGAAGCCACGGGGACCAAUGAGAACGAGGAGCGGGUGUUUCGAGAGAGGAUCGGUCCUCGCCGGCGACAGGGCGCCGUCCGAAGACGCGUUCAUCAAGUCAAUGGACACAAGUUCAUGGCCACCUACCUGAGACAACCAACCUACUGCUCACAUUGCAGGGAUUUUAUCUGGGGCGUGCUGGGGAAGCAGGGAUACCAGUGUCAGGUGUGUACGUGUGUCGUCCACAAGCGCUGCCAUGAGCUCAUCAUCACCAAGUGUGCCGGGAUGAAGAAGCAGGAGGACACACCUGAGGAGGUGGGCUCACAGCGGUUCAGUGUUAACAUGCCCCAUAAGUUCAGUAUCCACAACUACAAGGUCCCCACCUUCUGUGACCACUGUGGCUCCCUGCUGUGGGGCCUCAUGAGGCAGGGCCUGCAGUGCAAAGUGUGUAAGAUGAAUGUGCACAGGCGGUGUGAGACCAAUGUAGCUCCUAACUGCGGUGUGGACGCCCGAGGGAUCGCUAAGGUCCUGUCUGACCUGGGAGUCACACCUGACAAGAUCUCCAACACCGCACAGCGCAGGAGGAAGUUGACUCCAGGGCAGGACCCUCCCCAGUCUCCUCCUGAGCUCUCCCAGACUGAGGAGAACAGCUUCAGCCAGCCAGCUGUCCCCACCUCCCCCUCCCAGCAGGACUUGGCACAGUUAGAACGCCUGCAGGACGCGCUGUCACUCGACCAGCAGGGACCCCAGCACUCCUCCUCCUCCUCCUCUUCCUCCUCCUCCACCACCUCCUCUUCCUCCUCGUCCUCCUCCUCCUCGGCAGGCAGGGAGAACGGACAGAUCCAGAGGAGGAGCCUCAAGGACUUCAACUUUAUCAAGGUUCUCGGCAAAGGCAGCUUCGGCAAGGUGAUGCUGGCAGAGCUGAAGGGGACGGAGGAAGUUUACGCCGUCAAAGUUUUGAAGAAGGACGUGAUCCUGCAGGAUGACGACGUGGACUGCACCAUGACCGAGAAGCGCAUCCUGGCCCUUGCCCGCCGACACCCCUACCUCACCCAGCUUUACUGCUGCUUCCAGACACGAGACCGUUUGUUUUUUGUAAUGGAAUAUGUGAACGGAGGAGACCUGAUGUUCCAGAUUCAGCGAUCCAGGAAGUUUGACGAGCCUCGCUCUCGUUUUUACGCCGCCGAAGUCACCUCAGCCCUCAUGUUCCUGCACCGCAACGGGGUCAUCUACAGGGAUCUGAAGCUGGAUAACAUCCUGUUGGACGCAGAGGGACACUGUAAGCUGGCGGACUUCGGCAUGUGCAAAGAGGGCAUCAUGAACGGAGUGACCACCACCACCUUCUGUGGCACGCCAGACUACAUCGCCCCUGAGAUCCUGCAGGAGCUGGAGUACGGAGCCUCCGUGGACUGGUGGGCCCUCGGGGUGCUGAUGUAUGAGAUGAUGGCUGGACAGCCUCCGUUCGAAGCCGACAACGAAGACGAUUUGUUCGAGUCGAUUCUCCAUGAUGACGUCCUCUACCCCGUGUGGCUCAGCAAAGAAGCUGUUUCUAUCCUCAGAGCGUUCAUGACCAAGAACCCGGCCAAGCGUCUGGGCUGCGUGGUGAGCCAGGGCUGCGAGGAGGCCAUCAAGACCCACGCCUUCUUCAGAGAGAUCGACUGGGUCCUGCUGGAGCAGAGGAAAGUCAAACCACCCUUUAAACCAAGGAUUAAAACCAAGCGAGAUGUGAAUAACUUUGACCAAGACUUCACCAAGGAGGAUCCCGUGUUGACGCCCACGGACGAGGCCAUCAUCCGACAGAUCAACCAGGAGGAGUUCAAAGACUUCUCCUACUGCGCCCCCGAGGAGACGCAGACCUAACACUUACAGACAGACACACACACACAUACACACACACACACACACACACACACUGAUCCAACAACACUAAACCUGGCACGCACGUACGCACACAUUGCUGACACUCAUACAUGUGUAGAACCAUCAAUCCCUUUACAAGACACACACACACAUGCACACACAAUCACUCCUUUACUUUGAAGCUAUUGGUUGUUGUUACUUUUUGGAAUAUUCUUUACUUGCAUUGUGUUGUUCUUGUUGCCUGGGUUAAUUAUGAAUAUAAAUAUGAAUAUGACUAUGAAUAUGAAUAUAAACACCUGCACAUGCUCUCAUACACACAUACACACACACACACACACACACACACACAUACACACACACGUUGCACACUUUUAAUGCAGACAGACCCACAAACACACACUACAAUCCCGAGUUUUGCUUCAACACAAACACUCUCACUGCACAUGCUCAGACAACCAAACACACACACACACACACACACACACACACACACACACACACUUACACUGCUUCUCUCCCCAGCACCAGGACUGUACAGUGGGUGCUGGGUGCAGAGGCCUGUAUAUAGCCUGUGUUGAGUGGCUGUAUUGUGUUGGUAUUGUCUGCUAGUAAAGGAGAGUCGUGGCGCAUGGACAAGCACCCUACCUGUGUUAUUACUGUCCUUAUUCUGGACCAGUUAGGGCCAAAUACCCUUUGUGCAAUACCCUGACUAUCUAUAUAUUUUAUUUGUUUUGUUUAUGUAUUAUUUUUGUGUGUGUGUUUUUUUUCCUCAUUUUUUUUCUUUGUUGUUGUUGUGGUAUGAAUGAAGUCUCGCGCUCAUCUACAACGCAGUAUUAGAGCCACAAUGGAGAAAAAAAAAAAGAUUUUUUAUUUCGAGAAUAAAAUCAUGAUAUCACGAGAAUAAGUUGUAAUUUUGAGGGGAAAAAGUCGGAUUAUGCGAAUAAGUUGUAAUAUAAUGAGAACGACGUCACACUAUUUAAAAACAAAAACAAAAAACUGGUAAUAUUACGAGAAUAAAGUUGUAAUUUAUUGGAAAUGAAGUCAUACAAUUUCAAGAAAAAAAGUUGUAAUAUUACAAGAAUUAUAGCCGUAAUUUUGUGAACAUAAAGUCCAAAAAUUUCAUGGAAAAAAAAGUUGUAAUAUUGCGAGAAUAAAGUUGUAAUUUAUUGACAAUAA